AUGAGCGAAGCACCACCAAUUAGAAUACACGUAUUAUUGAGAUCCACGGAACCAAACCUUCAGAAUGAACGAUCAUUGUUCGAAAUUAAUUCCAACACCUCAGUCAAGGAGUUGAAACAAGCAAUAAUUCAAAGGUUAGACGAUCGACAAGUCACAAGGACAUUUUAUGAACAAGUGGUCUUGUCAUUUCGAGAAGAAGUAUUUCCGAAUGAUCCAGGAUCUGAUGAGCUUACUGUUCCUUCAUUGCUCCAACUCACAAACGACGAUAUACGGGAGAUGAACAAUGUCAUUCCCGUAAAUCUACAAAUCAAGAGUUCCGUGAAUGGUAUUUUAAGUCGAGAGUUUUGGCAAGACUUGACUGCAGACGACAGAUUUGAUUUUUUGCCAAUAAUAAAUCAAGAGGCUGAGAGAACCCAAAAUGAAGAUACUAUUCCACCUGAUAUGGCGAUGGUGGAUCCAAUGAAAAUCGUCGUUGGCGAUGAUCGAGUAUGGCAUCUAACUGGCACUAGUUAUGAGUCGAUAUCCAAUGGUCAGGGAUCAAACAAACUUGUGAAUCAAGAUGGCAUAUCCCUGAAGGUUUAUGAAAUAUCAUCAGCAUCAAAUGAACAUGAAAAAGUGGUAUUAAACACUUCGCAUUGUAUUAUAGUGGACAACGGUCAACAUCAACCAUAUAUGCUCUUGAGUCCAGCUGGUAUUGCCAAAGUAGACUCUGUGUUUAAGCUGCAAAAAGUAAAGGUUGUCUUGCACAAUCUGACAAAUACUGCGCAGACACCUGCACCUGCACAAGAACAAGGUGCCCAAGUCCAAGUGGAAGAUGAUGUGCUAGCAAGAGUUGUAACCGCAGGAAAACGAUUGCUCAUGCUUACAUUUCAAAUCGCUCUAGUGUUGUUAAUGCUUGGCUAUAAGCCCAAUAAGCACAUGCAAGAAAAUUGGAUCAAGUACUUGAUUUUAAUUAUUGUGUUGUUCAACAUCUAUAUAUUGUUCUUUACAGGGGAGAAUCGAGUUCAAAGACUAGCAGAAAAUGACAUUGAUCUAGCCAAUCAACCGCCGGCAACACAAAAUUUUAUUCAUAUUGUUCGCAGAUUGGCACGAGCUAGGGAGAAUGUCGCUGGUAUUGUUGUUGGGGUCCAGGAUGAACUUGUAACGAUUGUGGCAUCUCGUACUUGGGACUUUGAGUACAUAAUGAGCAAAGAGCCAAACUGGUAUUUUGUGAUUGCCUCCAAUUUUGAAAAUAUCUGGAAAGAUGCAUUAAUUUAUGUUUUAUCCAUUUUGCCUACUUUCCAAGUGAAACUUUAUGAUGAAUUGCAUAAACAGAAACAAAUGGAGUUGAAAGUUUUUGAAGACAAGGUACGUCUGUUUUAUGACCUUGUGUUGCUGCUCAUUCAAGAGUACAACAAAGAGUACACUCCGCAAUUCAUUCUACCUCACAAUGUUGCACUUGAACCAGUCCUCGAAAUUCUAGAAACUUUGAGAGAAGAUGAGAAAUUUGAGUUUUUGGUAAAGUACUAUAAAUGCAUGAAAUCAAUCUAUGACGUGUUCAAUAAGGCGUAUGUCAAGCACAAAUCAUUGACUAAUGAACAGAUAGAUUUUUUGAAUGGUGAGUCUGAUAGAUUUAUAGCACCUCGUAAUUAA